GAUCACAGAGUGAUGAAUACAUUUCUAAAAUACUCGUUUUGGAUUAUUCUCAAUUGUCACAUUUAUCAUUCCCAGUUAUCCAGAGAGUAUGAACUGAGAAUAAAGGAAGCUGGGUCGGAUUUAGUGAAUCCAUUUCGAUGUGAAAUAAAUAAAGGAGAAGAGAUUCUGUGGAGGAAAGAUGAUAAUGAAGUGAUUUUCAUUGGUAAUACCAUGAUUUCACAAGAUACACGGAUUAGAGUUAAAAACGAUACUUCAACAGAUCGAAGUUUAUCAAUUAGAUAUCUGAAAUCUUCCGACGAGGGUCGAUAUCGGUGUAUAAAUAGAAAAACUCAAGCCAUCAUUAGUGACUAUCGCCUAAAAUUAAAAGCAAAACCUGAGAUACCAAUUCAUAGUGGGGACAAAGUGAACGUUUUAGAAUAUGGCACAACUCGUUUAUGGUGUAAUGCAACCGGAAUUCCACAACCUACAGUCACGUGGUAUGCUAUGGAAGUAACAAAUCAACAGGAGGAAGUAUUAAGAGAUAUUGGAAUACGGGGUAACAUGCUUGGAAUUCAGAAUGUGUCAAGGUUCUGCGCGACAAAGUUUCAAUGUCGAGCAACAAAUAAUUACAAGGAAAAUAAAGCAGCUGUACACAACAUAACUCUCAAUGUAAAAUUUUUGCCUGAUGUUAAAAUAAAAAUAAGGCUCAACGAAGGAAAUUUUAAGGUUCUGUCUUCUUUUGCUGGUGACAGAGCAGACAAAGUAGAAUUGGUGUGUGACGUUUUAGCCAAUCCCUUAACAACUGUCACGUGGUACAGAGACGAAAUAGAAAUAGGGAGAUACUCAUCAGGAGAGACUAAACCAAAACGAAACGACAAGGAAUCGAACAACUAUGUGUACGAAUUGUCCAAUAUCCAGAUAAAUCGAAGGGAGCCUAGAUUUUUGUCUUUUCCUUUAAAAUUCACUCUAGAUGCUAAAUAUACAUUUUCUAGUUACAGAUGUAUUGUAAUGAAUGAACUAGGUUCUGUAGAAGAUUCUGUAAACGUUGUGCCUAAGCAAAAUUAAAUCAUUCGAAGAAAGAUGGUUUCCCAAAUCUGCUCUGUUGAAAUCUACAUUGUUUGCUUCGAGAGUACUGAUAGGUAUAAUGAAAGAAAAAAAACCCC